UGCAGGACUAUAGAAAAUAUUGAAAUUUAUAUUAAGAAUAAUGGAAAAUUUCAAUUGAAAGAUAAAAGCUUCCGCAAUCAUCACAACUACGAAAUACAGUACCUGGCGUUGUCUACACUAAGUAAAAUAAAUGACUUGGAAACGCUAAAAAUAAUUAUCAACAUUUUCAUGAAUAAAAUGAAUGAAGUGUUCAAGAAUAAAGUCAGAUAUCACGGCAAUUCUCAGACGCACAGGCUCAUCGCGACGGCUCUACAGAAUACACUGUUCAUUGCGUUGUUAGAUUCGAGAACAAUCGACGAUGGCGCAAUGGAUUGGUGUUUGAAACUAUUAGGAAAAUUACCUCAUCAAGCCAGUGUUAAAAUCUAUCUUGAAUGGCAUAUUUCUUUAUGUUUGUAUUUGAAGAAAAUUAUUCUCAAUGAGGACUCACAAAAACUCCUUGGCUCGUACAAUAUCCCAAUAUCAUCACAGUUCAUGAUAUUUUACUGGUUAAUGAAACGCAAAUUGUCGACAAAACGAUUCGUUAACGAGGAAUAUGAUUUUGUGAUGGACACUUUGCUGUCGCACACGAUGGGACAGAUGUUCAACACCAGACUCCACGCUCAAUAUCUAGCCGCAGACUUGUAUCAACGUAACGAGAUUCACGCAGCCAAAUACGAAUACACAAUUCGAGUCAUAGAAAAAACGUUUGCCGAAAGUAAAAAAGACAAGAACUUUCUGAAACUGAAAAACGAUUAUUUUGUUAAUAAUUUCGAUAUAAUCAAUAAUCUAACACCGUAUUUCAUUUAUGAAUGUUCAUCGAAAUUAUCUGACGCUACUCUCAAUGAGGUAAAAGAUUUGGAAACAGUAAAACAUCAAUUGAAUGUUAUUAAUGAAAAUAUAAAAAUAGAUAAGGGUGACGAUUUGAAAACUGAGUGGCUACGGGGACAUGCGUCUGAUGAAGAAUUUGAAGAAUACGAACGUAUUUGUGUGUUAAAUCAAAGGGAAGAUUACAGUAAGGAAUGUGUGGGAACAAUACAGAAGAAAUAUAUACCGUGGAAGAAUAUGAGUGAUGUUAACUCGUAUGAUCACAGCAAAAAGAAAGAGAUCAACGGAGACUUGAUAGUGGUAGCUUCUUUAGUAGAUAAAUUGCCGAACUUGGGCGGCAUGGCCCGGACCAGCGAGGUGUUCGGGGUGAGGAGCUACGUGGUGGGCAGUCUGCGGCACCUCCAGGACAAGCAAUUCCAGGGAUUGAGUGUGUCAGCCGAGCGAUGGAUAGACGUUGAGGAAGUGAGACCCGGUCAGCCUCUGAAAGAGUUUCUGGCGAACAAGAAGUCGGAAGGCUACUCUGUGGUGGCAGCCGAGCAAACGUCGACCAGCAUCAAACUGGAAAGCUUUAAAUUUCCAAAGAAAACUGUUUUAUUACUCGGACACGAGAAGGAAGGCGUGCCGUGCGACCUGCUGCCGCUCAUGGACCACUGCGUGGAGAUCCCGCAGCGCGGCGUCGUGCGCUCGCUCAACGUGCACGUCGCCGCCGCCAUAUUCGUCUGGGAGUACACCAGGCAGAACGUCUUGUGACCUCAACAGUGCAAUACGAAAUAAACGAUUGUAUAUAUAUUG